AUGUUUUGGAUCGAAAAAAUCCAGAUCGUGCCAUGUUUGCAGCAGCAAAAGCCACGACAAAAUCAGGAGGAAGGUCAACCUCAACAUCAGGAGUAUGACCCAAUUAAGACCUACAACGGCGACGCGCUGCCUGGUGACAACAAUGCAGCCUUUGACAGCAGCAGCCCCCGCAUGCGGGGUUGUCUCAGCGAAGAGCAGCAGGGCCACGAGCACUUCAUGCGCAGUCAGCUUCAAGAGGGCACGAAGAUCGUUUGCUUUUUCGCGGCGCAGCUACUAAUCCUGGCGGGCACCUCCGCACCGGCAGCCAACGCCAACGCACAAUCAGCAAACCCUGGCGCCACCGCGGCAGCCGCUGCCGGCGAACCCCCCACUGGACGUCCUGCGGGUGGCGCGGCCGCUCCGGCGCGUGGCCGCUGCAGGCGGGGUCAGGCAGCCGGCGGCGGCGGCUGCGGCAACGCUGCUGCUGGCAUAGGGGCCCCGGGAAAGGGCGGCAAGCUGGUGCGUCCCGUGGAUCCCGGCAGCAGCGAGGCAUGGGCGGAGGCUCUUCGGCAGGCAGCUGGCUGUCUGGACGAUGUGGGGCAGCUGGUGUGGGUGGGGGGGCUGUGUUUCGAGUCAGCUGUGGAGGCCAGGGCCGUUACGCAGCUGCUGGUCAACUCGCUGCAGCUCUGGGCUCCCCGCUUGUUGUCGAAGCCCCCAGCGGCACUGCGGGGGCCGUACUCCGCCUUCAGGCAACCCUUGGCGGGGCUGGUGUGUAGCUUGGCGUGGCAGCACUGCGGUGCUGCAGCAGCACUCGCCCAUCACCGCCAGCUGGGGCAAGAAGGACAGGAUCCGCAAGACCCCGCCACCGUGGGCUCUGUCGUACGCCGUACAUGGGAGGCGUCUGCGGGUGGAGGAGUCCACUGCCGCUACAGCCUGCAACAGCUACUUCUCGAGCUUGUCGCAGCGGCCAAGGCGCCUAACAGCGCAGCAGCGGUGUCCGGCGGGCUACAGGGGGGCCCCCGCAGCGCCGCGGCGGGGCCCGGCGGCUCCGUAGCGAACUUAAUUGCGGCAUUAUCAGAGGCUCUGGUCCUGGCUUUUGAGCGCGACCCGAGCGGGGGGGAAGCCGGCUCCAGGGUGCUAAUGUGCACCUUGAUGGCGGUCCCAGAGACUGCUACCGCCGAAGUUGUCGCAGCUGGCGACGGCAAGCCUGGCGUUGGCGUCGGCCGUGGUGGCGGGGGCGGGGGCGGGGGCGGGGGCGGCGGUGGACGUGGGAAGCGUCUGCGGAGUGAGAGGUGGGGGCCAUGCUGCGGCGGCACGCGUGAGGCUGACGGCGGCGGUGCGGAGCGCCUUCAGCUGUUGUGGGAGGUCAUCGCUCAGGCCGCGUGUGGGGCUUGCAUGCAGCUCGAUUCGACGUUGUUGGCUGCUGCGGUGCUGCAGGUACUGGCUCCAAGCUUCCCGUCCGCCUCCGCAGCCAGCCCUGGUAUCCCGACCAGGGUGGCGGGCCACCAGGCAGGAGCUGCAGGGGCCGGUGGAAGCGGAGGGGGGGGCCAGCAGAACGGGAGCGGUGCGGGGGCAGCGGCAGUGAUUGGCGUAUCCGUGCUGGCUCAGGGUGGGUCCCUCAGCCCAGGCAGGGAGCACAUGGGCUGGGAGUGGUGCCUGUGGUGGUAUGUUGGCGAAUGGUGGUGGGUUCACCCAGCAGCCGGUGGCGCUAGCCGGCCCGCAAUGCCUGAAGGAUGCUGCGAUACGGACGCGACCGUCAGGUGCCGUUGCCUGGGGCUAAUCUCGUCCUGCCUGAGGAGCCUAUCCCAGAUUGCGGAGGACGAGGGGCAGCAGCUGGAGGUGGACGCGGAGGCGGACAGAGGGCAAAGGGCAGGGACGGCUGCGACGGCGGCACCGGUGCGAGAGCAGAACAGCGCCGCAGGGCGCGAACUGGUCGAGGUCGGCAAGGUUGGGAAGAACGCGCCCAUAGGCGCUCUCUGUGGGCUGCUUCUUCCAGCUCUCAAGGCCAGGCUGCUGGACCGAACCCGUACGUGCCGUACACGGGCUCUGCAGCUGUUGCUUGAGCUGUUGAAGCUCCCAGCUCCAUGUGGCCAGCGGCACGGCGGCUCGGGACAGUCCGUGUUGCCGGCGGCACAUCCCCGGGCCCCGACGGAGGCAGCAACGGCCCCGCCCCGACCUUCGCGGCUGGCCGCCCUCAUCGCGCAGUACUGCCUCCCGGAAGUUUGCGUGCUGCUGGAUGCGACGUACGGCUCGCCACUGUACGACGAGGCUAAUGCGCAGCUGUUGCGGCACGUCGUGGAGGCGCUGUGUGCUGCCAUGCGACCGGAGGAGCUCCUCUCCAGGAUCCUACUGGCUGACACCAGCGGCAGCCGGGGACGUGGAGCAGCCUUGAAGGCCGCGAACGCGGCGGUCGCGGCGGAUGCAGCAAUAUCGGGAGAUGUCAACAGCCGCGAUGCUAACCCUAGGGCGCCGGCCGCUGGUGCCGUACACGUGAGUCCGCACACACGCCGCAUGCUGGCGGCCGGCCUCACGUUGCCCGUUGGUCCCAGCGGCGUGUACAGUGCAGAUGUCAUAAAGCCGUUGUACGACAUUGUCGUACGAUGUUUGGGGUCAGCUGGCGGCGGCAGCGGCAGAGGCGGCGCCCAUGCGUGUUUUGUGCAGGAGGCAGCGGCCGGUGCCGUCGCAACGGGUUUGGAGCCGCCACAGGUGGAUACGGCGCCGGCAUGGGGGGAUGGUACGACUGGUUUGGGCAAUGAUGACGAUGCGAUGGCCGGAUGGUGCACGGGCCGGGUGCUUGCGGGCAGCGCUUCACUGCACACCGCGCUUUGGCAACAUGCUUUCCGGGAGUUAUGUACCCUCCUGGCAGAGUUGGAGGAAGGAGAAGACGGCGGGGAACAGGGUGGCGAAGGUGACGAGGGUGACGAGGGUGAGGAUGAGCGGAGGAACGGCGGAGCGGUUAAAGAGGGGAUAGAUGUUUCCCAUGAAUGUUCCGGUGCCCGUGGAGAAGAGGAGCCGGCAGAGGAAGAGAGGCCGCGGCGGCAUCAGCAGCCGGUUGCUGUCAGGGCAAGUGCGGCGACAGGGCGCAUGGCUCGAGCUUCACUGGCGCUGAGAGCCAUGCCCGCCAGCGCGGAAGUUAUCUCCCUUUGCUGGUGUGACCCAUGGGACGCGACGGCGAGAUGUCGGGCGGAGCUGGCGAUUGUGCUCGAUGUGCUGGCGGCUGCAUUGACAGAGGACUCGUCUAAGGAGGCCCGACGGAAGCAGCAGCAGCAGCAGCAGCAGCAGCACAUGCGGCAGCACAUGCGGCAGCGGGGUUCCCACAGUGAAAGCUGUGGUGGCCAAGGCCAGGUCGUGGCGUGGAGGGAGCAGGAGGUCCAGCGGGAGAAGGAGCUUGCGGAGCGAAGCGCCUGCAUGGUGUUGGCCUUACGGCUGCUGGAGUCGGCGUUUCCCGCGCCAGGACCCAAAGCUAUAGCUACCGCGACAGCUGCUACUGCUAUCGCCCCUUCGGCUACAGUCGCUACCGCCGCCACGUGUCGGGCCGGCGGCAUGCCACUGGGGCCUGCACCGCCUGGCGGCCAGAUGCGCCCCGUGAUGGGCGGUGUUGCCUGGCGGGUCAUAAGACGACAGGAGACUGGGACAAUCUCCAAAGCUCCUGGCGCCGCGCCAGUCUUCUGCCGGCACCUUCGAGCCGCACAGGUGGCGCUGAGGCAGCAGCAGCAGCAGCGGCGGCAGGAGCGACAACAGCGCUGCAUGGAUGAAAAAGGAAACGCCACCGGCCGCGACGUAACGGCGACAAGGGCCUCUCAGUCGGCGGCUUCUCGCAGAGAUAACGACGUAAUACGAGUGGAUGGACAGGGACGGGACGGGAGAACUCCCGUAGGGGCGCUGGCUGCCGCGGCGCGCUAUCUGCUAGUGCUUACCCACAUGACGCGCCUGUACGAGUUCGAGCUAGAGGAGUUCAUGGCACGUCUGCAGGAGGCACGCCGCAGCGGCGGCGGCGGCGAUGGCAGUGGCGGCAUGGCAAUCUUGGACCCAUCGUCCCUGGACCGCCUCCCCGGCGCAGCUCUCCGCGGUGUUGGCAGCGCCAGCGGACGGGCGGAAGAGGGGGAGGGAGUAGGACAAGGAAAAGGAGAUGGUUCGGGAGGGGCGGCUCGGAAUGAAAGACGGAAGAACGGUGAAGAGGGACGGAAAACGGAGCGCGAAGCUCGCGGCGAGGGGACCACGGAGCAGGAGGCUGCGGCGGCGGCGGCUGGAAAUGAUGGUGGUGAUGAUGAUGUUGGUAACGACUACAUGCAGGAGACGGAAGAGAACCGAAGCUGUCGGGAAGCGGCGCAGCGGAUGUUGGAUCGCCUGAUGGCGUCCUCGGCGCCCGCGACCCACGUGCAUGCGCUGCUGGCAUUGCUUCCGACCCGUGGUUCUGUCGGGGUCGGGGUUGGCAGCAAGGCCAAGAGCAGCGACGGGGUUCGAGGGGUCGAGGUGGAGGUGAACGAAGCAGGGGACUUCUGCAGAGCAGAUCAGCCACCAGUGGAGCUUCAGGUGCUUGCAUUACGCGCUUUGGGCCGCCUGAUGGUUCUGUCCGAUCGGUUGUCAGUUGAGUACGGCGAUGUACUGCGGGACUUGCUGGCCCGGUGGAAGUACAGACCCGCGGCUCUGGUCUGCGAGGCGCUGGCCAUCACACAUGACCUUGUGCGCCGUAACCCCAGCCACCAUCGCCAACUGCUGGGACUCACGGAGGAUCUAAUUCAAGCCGCGCUACAGAACUGGGCUAGCCUUAAGUGUGGGCAUGGAUUGGGGUCGGAGCCGCUAGCGGUCGGAGGCCGAGCCUCGGGCCCCCGGGAGCAGCUGCAGCCACAUGAUAAAGUCCGUCCGGCAGGCAACGGCGUGCACGAGCGCGACGAGGAUCCUGAGGCGGGUGGAGCACAAGAGGAUGCCAAUGGCGGAACGGGGGACGACGGGAACGGGGCGCGGAAGGCCCAGGUGGUGAAGCCCCGGGAGGUCCAGCCCCCUCCACCACACCGUCCCCAUUGCUGCGGUCGCGAGGCUGUCCUGGCGGCGCUGCUGCCGACGGCGGUGGGCUGCUACUGCCGCUUGCUGGCCACGGGACGGCUGCAGUGGUCUCCGGCGACGUACCGUACACUGGCGAUGUGCUUCACCCUGGCUAGGGGCAAUCUGCGGGGGCAGGUAGCCAUGCAGGCUGCGGCUCUGCUGCUGCGAAACGCAUCCACUUCCUCCGCCUCUGGGCCCGGCAGCCACGGCGGCGGUGGGCCCCAGGCUGGCACGCACCGCCGCAUUGCCGUAGCGCUGGCCUUGUUGCGCAAUUGCCCCGGCCCGCUGCGGGCACGGCUGGUUUCGGAGGCGCUUCUUCCUGUGUCCGGACUCACCACUGCACCCGCCGCCGCAAGCACUGGCAGCCACGACUUCAGACCUACCAGCUGUGGCGAGCCGCUGCCGCCCCCGUUGCUGCACGCCGAGGACUUUCUAAGCGACGACCUAGCUCUCCCGGUCGUGCAAGCGAUUUGCAGCGGCAGCGAUGGUGGCGGAGAGGACGCCGGCGGCGGCGCCGUCGCGGGCAACGAGGGCGCAGCGGCACCCUGCGGUGCCGCCGGCGGUGACAGCUCUGGCGGCGUUGGGCCGGGGGACCCAAGCUGCCCUUCCAUGGCUGCGUUGCUCCUGCUCCUGCGGGAAAUAACCCCAUCCGCGAGAACCCUUGCCGUCAUGCUGCCGCAGAUGCAGGUGCUCCGUGACAUGGUGCUGCGCUACAAGGCGACUUCGGGAGCGGGCACCGCAGCGGCAGCUGACGGAGGUGACGGGAUGUUGCAGGCAGCGGGCGGCGGCAGCGGCAGUGGCGGCGGCACAGAGCUGAAUGUCGUCUCCGGGUGCAACGGACAGCAUGGUGCUGUACCUGCACCCGCAGCGGAGGGAGGUGCGGCUGUUGUGGUGGCAGCGGCGGCGGCGCGAGGGGGAGGCGACGGAGUCACCGCGCAGCGGAGGCUAGUGGAACUGCUCACACAGAUUGAGGGCCGGGUUGGACUGGCCGGCUGCUCCAAACGGCAGAGGACCAAGCGAGCUGCUGUCGCUGUGGGCCCCGAAACCGAAAUCUUGUUCGGGCUGAGCGACGACAGCGUGCGCCGGUACGAGCGCGCAGUGCUGGCCUUCACCAAUAGCCACCCGCCAGGGGCGAGGCGCAUCCACCACAGAGGAGACAGGCUGGCAGGCGGAAUGCAGUACAAGGGCGUAACCUGUUCUCUAAAGUUGUACAAGGGAACGAAACCCGACCGACCCAGCCGCACGACCCGGCCCACGGAGUAG